AUGGAAUGGCACAGUUCUCGUAAUCGAUUGAAUAUGUCGCCACCAGAGGAAGCUACGUUGGAAUACGCAAAAUACCUUGUCGACUACACGAAAGAUGGAAGCCGACUCAUUUCUUUCCACAAUGAGCUGAAUAAUUUCUACUUACUACGGGAGUCGACAAGAAAAUCGCUAAAGGAACUUGUUGAGAAAGAUCAGUCAUUUCGUACAGUUUGA